AGCUCUCCAAAGCCUCAUCUCAAUGCUAGCUGUGGCAGAUGGCAACGGAGCCUAUGGCAGCAGCUGUAGAAUGAGUAAUAAUAUCAAUUUUAAUAAAAACCCCGACUCUUCUGUCUCUAUAUCGAAGAUGGACAUGAUCAUCCCGUUCUCACCAGACGUACCCUGUGACAACAAUGGUCAGCGCAUGUGGUGGGCUUUCCUCGCCUCGUCCAUGGUGACGUUCUUCGGGGGUCUCUUCAUCAUCCUCCUGUGGAGGACCCUUAAGUACCUGUGGACGGUCUGCUGCCAAUGCAACACCAAAAACAAGGAGGCACAGAAGGUGAAUAACCCUAUGAACAGUCAGGCUGAUGGUCCAACGAAGAACGAUAAAGAGGAGGCCCCAGCCAGUGAGGUGGGCUGGAUGACCUCAGUCAAAGACUGGGCGGGGGUCAUGAUCUCAGCACAGACCCUUACCGGCAGAGUUCUGGUGGUGUUGGUCUUUGCACUCAGCAUCGGAGCUCUGGGAAUAUACUUCAUAGAUUCUUCUGAUCCUAUAGAAUCUUGUCAGAAUUUCUACAAAGACUUCACAUUGCAAAUUGACAUGGCAUUCAACGUGUUCUUCUUACUCUACUUUGGCCUGCGCUUCAUAGCAGCCAAUGAUAAGCUGUGGUUCUGGUUGGAGGUGAACUCAGUGGUGGACUUCUUCACCGUACCGCCUGUGUUUGUGUCAGUGUAUCUGAACAGGAGCUGGCUGGGGAUAGUACUCCUUCAGUUGCUGGUCCCCAUUGAAUUCCAUAAAUAGACAGACUUUUUAAAUAUGCUCAGCCAAAAACACUCUUAUAAGUUGGUGAACCUGUGUUCCAUCUUCAUAAGCACAUGGCUCACUGCUGCAGGAUUCAUUCAUCUGGUGGAAAACUCAGGGGAUCCAUGGGAAAACUUUCAAAACUCUCAACCGCUCUCAUAUUGGGAAUGUGUGUACUUAUUAAUGGUCACUAUGUCCACGGUGGGAUAUGGAGACGUCUAUGCAAGAACCACUCUUGGACGCCUUUUCAUGGUCUUCUUCAUUCUUGGUGGCCUGGCCAUGUUUGCCAGCUACGUCCCUGAAAUCAUAGAGUUAAUAGGAAACCGCAAGAAAUAUGGUGGUUCCUAUAGUGCGGUAAAUGGCAGAAAGCACAUUGUGGUCUGUGGUCAUAUCACGCUCGAAAGUGUUUCCAACUUCCUUAAAGACUUCCUACACAAGGACAGGGAUGAUGUCAAUGUAGAAAUUGUUUUUCUUCAUAAUAUUUCCCCUAAUCUUGAGCUGGAAGCCUUGUUCAAACGUCACUUCACUCAGGUGGAAUUCUAUCAAGGAUCGGUCCUCAACCCACAUGAUCUAGCAAGAGUGAAGAUCGAGUCAGCGGAUGCCUGCUUGAUUCUUGCAAACAAAUACUGUGCAGACCCCGAUGCUGAAGAUGCCUCUAAUAUCAUGAGAGUAAUAUCUAUAAAGAACUACCAUCCAAAGAUCAGAAUAAUCACUCAAAUGUUGCAGUACCACAACAAGGCCCAUCUGUUAAACAUUCCCAGCUGGAACUGGAAGGAGGGUGAUGAUGCGAUCUGCCUGGCCGAGCUGAAGGCAGGCUUCAUAGCCCAGAGCUGCCUGGCACAGGGCCUGUCCACCAUGCUCGCCAACCUCUUCUCCAUGAGGUCAUACAUCAAGAUUGAGGAGGACACGUGGCAGAAGUAUUAUCUGGAGGGAGUGGCCAAUGAAAUGUACACUGAGUACCUGUCCAGUGCCUUUGUGGGGCUUUCAUUUCCUACAGUUUGUGAGCUGUGCUAUGUGAAGCUCAAGUUGUUAUUGAUCGCUAUUGAGUACAAGUCAGAGCAGAGGGAAAGCAGAAGCAGAAAGCGUAUUCUGAUCAACCCGGGAAAUCACGUUAAGAUGCAGGAGGGGACUUUGGGAUUCUUUAUCGCCAGUGAUGCCAAAGAAGUGAAAAGAGCAUUUUUCUACUGCAAAGCAUGUCAUGAUGACAUCACAGAUCCCAAAAGGAUUAAAAAGUGUGGCUGCAAGAGAAUGACAUAUUCCAAGAUGUCCGUCUACAAGCGAAUGAAACUGGCAUGUUGUUUUGAUUGCGGGCACUCUGAGCGCGACUGCUCGUGCAUGUCAGGCAGUGUACAUAGUAACAUGGACAGUCUUCAGAGGGCCUUCCCACUUUCUUCUGUCUCUGUUCAUGAUUGCUCAACCAGUUUACGUGCCUCCAAAUACAAGUUUAACGGAUAUGUCAGAUCACUCGAAGAUGAGCAUCCGUCAACACUGUCGCCCAAAAAGAAGCAACGCAAUGGAGGCAUGCGGAAUUCACCCAACUGCUCACCCAAAAUGAUGAGACAUGACCCUCUGCUCAUUCCGGGAAAUGAGCAGAUUGAGAACAUGGAUGCUAAUGUGAAAAGAUACGACUCUACUGGAAUGUUUCACUGGUGUCCAUCCAAAGAAAUUGAGAAGGUCAUUCUGACACGCAGCGAGGCCUCCAUGACGGUUUUAAGUGGACAUGUAGUAGUCUGUAUAUUUGGAGAUGUCACGUCAGCUUUAGUGGGGCUUCGAAACUUGGUGAUGCCUUUGAGAGCAAGCAACUUCCAUUACCACGAGCUAAAGCCCAUCGUAUUUGUGGGCUCAUUAGAUUAUCUGAGAAGAGAGUGGGAAACCCUUCACAACUUCCCCAAAGUCUCCAUCUUACCUGGUACACCAUUAAGUCGAGCUGAUUUAAGGGCCGUCAACAUCAACCUCUGUGACAUGUGCGUUAUCCUGUCAGCCAAUCAGAACAAUAUCGACGAUGCUUCACUGCAGGACAAGGAAUGCAUCUUGGCAACUCUUAACAUCAAAUCUAUGCAGUUUGAUGACAGCAUUGGGGUCUUGCAGGCUAAUUCCCAAGGUUUCACACCUCCGGGGAUGGAUAGGUCAUCUCCAGAUAACAGUCCAGUGCACGGCUUAGUGCGGCAGGCAUCCAUCACCACGGGAUCAAACAUCCCGAUCAUAACUGAGCUUGCUAAGCCUGGCAAACUACUGCCUUUGGUUUCAUUCAGUCAGGAAAAAAACUGUGGGAACAACAUACAAAUGAUAACAGAACUGGUGAAUGACUCCAACGUUCAGUUUUUGGACCAAGACGACGAUGACGACCCAGAUACGGAGCUGUAUCUGACCCAGCCGUUUGCCUGUGGUACCGCGUUCGCCAUCAGCGUGUUGGACUCCCUGAUGAGUGCGACAUAUUUCAAUGAUAAUAUCCUCACCCUGAUCCGGACGCUGGUCACAGGAGGCGCCACUCCGGAGCUGGAGGCCCUGUUGGCUGAGGAGAACGCGCUGAGAGGUGGCUACAGCACGCCGCAGACGCUGGCUAACAGGGACAGGUGUCGGGUUGCCCAGCUGGCCCUCUACGAUGGGCCCUUCGCAGACUUGGGGGAUGGUGGUUGCUACGGAGACUUAUUUUGUAAAGCAUUAAAAACAUACAACAUGCUGUGCUUUGGAAUCUAUAGAUUGCGAGAUGCACAUUUAAGUAUACCAGGCCAGUGCACAAAAAGGUAUGUCAUCACAAACCCACCUUACGAGUUUGAGCUGGUGCCCACGGACCUGAUCUUCUGUCUGAUGCAGUUUGACCACAAUGCGGGCCAGUCCCGAGCGAGCCUGUCCCACUCCUCCCAUUCCUCUCAUUCAUCCAGCAAGAAGAGCUCGUCUGUUCACUCCAUCGCCGCAACGAACCGGCAGAACCGCAGCAGCAAAGCACGUGAAGCCCGUGACAAACAGAAAAUGACUGAUUUGACUACCAGACGUGAAGAAAUUGAUGGUGCUGAGCUGAUCUACCUAUCUCUGUCAAAUAUAACCUGCUGAUAAAACAUACUGUCUUGUACAAAACGUUUGUACAUAAAUUGUACAUGGUUUCUUUUUGUAUUUUCUCACAUUAAAAUGGAUGUAUUUGUGUUC